AUGUUCAAGGCCUCUAUUGCGGAUGUGGCUUACAGGAGCUGUGGCCUGAAGGUCACUGGUGCCUGUUGGGGCAGCAACCAAAGGACCCACUGGUCGACACCAGCGGUGAUGGAAGGCGUCAAGCUGAAAAAGGAGGCCUUCAGGACUUGGCUGUUCAGGAGGACUCCUGAUGCAGCUGACAGGUACAUGGUGGCCAGAAGGACUAUGGCUUCUACUGUGCUUGGCUUGGGUGGGGAACUGCUGACUCGAACUGAGGACAUUAUUGAGCAGUGGAAGGAUCACUUUGAGGAUCUCCUUAAUCCACCCACCAUGUCCACCUUUGAAGAGGCGGAGCCUGAGGACUCAGGAGAAGCACCUGUCCCAGACCAUCAGACAGCUGACUGUGCUGCCAUCUCUGUGGAGGAACAACAGCUCAUUGACAAAGGUUCCCCAAUGCAGCCUGAAUGUCUGGGCAGAGGAGACAUGGAAGAGAGAUAUGAGACAUUUGAGGAGGAGUUGUGGCCACCAAGAGCAGACGCUCCUCCGCAGAAACCUGUUCGACAGAUCCGCAGACCAGAAAUGUACACUUCAAGAAAAUUCAGAGAAGAAGUGGCUCCUGUUCCACAGCAACCAAAAUCAGAACCCAAGAUGUUCCUCAAGGAACCCAGCUUCUCCAAACCUACAUCCUUGCAGAAAUCCUUGUCCAUCCAGAGCCUGACUCAGAUAGAAACGCCAUGGGAGAACGUGACUCUCAACCGUUGUCUGCUUGUGGCCAUCACCAUCCUGGUGCUCACCUCAGGCUUCCAGAGACUCCAUGAAACUUUUCGCAGUCGGGGAACAGCAGAUGAAGAAGCUGGACUGACCACGAGACGAUCAGGAAUGAUACGCCACAGAGGACAACAUCCAGAGCCAGAAACAUCUCUGUGGGAAGUGAUGUUUUGGUGGCUGCCUGACCUCGACGAUGAUGAGGAAGAGGAGGACGAUGCAGAGAUCAAAAGAAGAAAAUCAAAGACUGGAGGAACAGCACGAGUAUCAAGAGGCCUCAGACACAGGUCCCUGCCAGACAAAAAACUCUUAAAGCAAAGAGAUGGGAAAUUAAAGGACAGGAGAGCCAAGAAAGCCAGGGACAACAAAAUCAAAGACAAGAAAGAGAAAAUGGAAGAACACGAGGAGGCAGCUGAUGAAGAGGAUGAGAGACGAGAACACAGCUGGCAAGAAAAAUACGAUUCUGAAAGCCAAGAAGAGGAAAUAACUAAAUGACGACUGAA